AUGGACAAGUCUGACGUGGCGCAGCGCUGGGGGUUCCUGGCCCCGUGGUGCCAAGUUCUGCAGCGUAAUGUGCACUACACGGGCUUCAAGUGCGAGGGAACGGGCAAGGAAGUCUGGGAGAGCAAGACCCGCGCUCUCCAAGUGACGCUGCCCAAGCGCAAUGACUAUCUGCGGCCGCAGCUGCAACACGAUGCCACGUAUCAGCUCGAGCUGGUCAAAAUCCGCGAAACUCUGGCCAUUCUGGCGGCCGUGGCGCAUGUGGACCCUUUUGCGUUUAAAUGGUUACUGAGCAACUCCCCGCGCGUUUCGUGCUCAAGGUGGAGGACCAUUCUAAAGUAA